AUGUUCAGAAUUGUUUUGACUGAAGGAAUUGUAGGAGGGUUUAAACCUGCUACUGUAAGACGCAGAGUCGAAAUAGAAGGUGAUGAAAAUGGAGGAGUUAUAAUUAACAUAACUCCUAAAAGUAAAGGUGAAGAUGAUAUCGUUUUACGAGGAGUUUUAACAAGCCAACAAGUCGGAGCUUUUGUAAAUGAUACGAAAACGAUACUCACUGGUCUUCCUACUGAAAAUCCAAUGGGUGGACAAGAUAUUUAUGGAUUCGAUACUUCAAUUGAAUUUUAUUCUGAUGGUUUUGAAUGGCGUAAUGGAGGCCCAGAAGGAUGUGGUGGAGAAGAAUCAGAAUUCUCACCAACUCCGCAACAAAAAGCUUUAUUUCAAGAAUUGGUACAGAAAAUAAUUUCUAUUAGUGAACAAUAUGCUAUUCAAUCAGUACAAUAA